AUCAGCAUUGUCCCCAGACCUUUCCUAGUCGUCUUUGCCACACUUGGAACGAAUUCUAAUUCGAACAUUGCAAUCCAAUCCCUUGGCCAUUUCCCACCUCUCCAGUUCCCAAUAUGACGGCGACAAGAUCCUCAACCAGAAAAAAGGACGGCGAGGAAGCUCCAGCUCCUCAGGAUUCCGCGACUGGAUCGAAGCACAAGCUGGAAACCCCCGAGGCGUCUGAAACCAAGCGUGGGAAAACGUCGGACGACAAGGAGAAACACCCGACUGAGGAAAAUGUGAACCGCAAGGAGGAGACAGCGAAGGACAAAGAUCAGCAACAGGGCAAGGAAGCGCCCGAAGAAGAGGCAGACACCAGCAAAAAGACGGCAACCGCCCAAGGCGACACCGCCGAGCAGCCCAAGGACCACAACGGCAGCACGCCGUCCAAUAUCCUGGAGAAGGGCAUCAUCUACUUCUUCUUCCGCGGGCGCGUCAACGUCGACGAACCCUCGGACAUCAGCGACAUCGCGCGCAGCUACAUCAUCCUCCGGCCCAUCGCGCACGAGGCCGGGCUCGGUCCCGGAGGCGGCGCCGUCGGAGACGCGAGCAGCAGCAGCCGCCUGAUCGCGGUGCCCAAGAAGGUGCUGCCGCGGUCCGGACGGGACCGGUGGACGGCCUUUGUGGAGAAGGCGGGUGCGUCCUUUGCCGAGCUGAAGGAGCGGUUCCUGGCUGGCGCCGAGUACUCUACUAAGACGGUGGGGGAGAGACACAUACCUGCCGCGUCGCCAGCCGGGGAGGGCGUGUAUGCUAUUACCAGGACGGGCAGGGAGAGCCACUUGGUGUAUGUGUUGACGCUGCCCGAGAAGCUGGGUGAGGUGCAGAAGGAGAUCGGGCUAAAGGAGAAGGGGAGCUUCGUCAUCAGUACCAAGAACCCAAAGUUUCCCGGCCCCUCGAACACACAGCUUCCGAAGGCACCGGAGUAUCCGGAAGAGGUGCAAGAAGAGUUCCGCGACUUGAGGUGGAUGCCGUCGCUACCGAAGCAUCUGGAUUUCCCCAACACGCAGUUCAUCCUGAUCGGUGAGUCGUCCGGCAUCGAGAAGGCCACAGAGCCGCAGAAGGACCAGAAGGAGGGAGAGCAGGACCCGAAGGAGGAGAUUGAGCAGCUCGAGGAGGAGGACCUGGAACGCAUGAAGAAUAUCAGCAGUAAUGACUCUGCGCGUAUCUACGAGGACUUGCACGCGGAUGCAAAACAGUACCCGAAGUUGCAGACGACGUUUUGAGGUCGGGAUGGCUAGGCUUUCGUUAAGCUAUGCCGAGUAACUAGGCUAUUCCUUUCUACACGGCAUGGCGAGGGCGUGAUGAGUUAGAGGUACUUGGAGGUGUCGAGACGGAGACAUCAACCUUUGUUAGCACGAUAGGUUUGGGUUACGAGCCCUCAUAGUGUGGCUCAGAGAGUACAGACUCAGUCAUUCGAAAGGUUUAAGAAAAGGAGCCUGUCAGUCACUGACGUAGCUGGCUUCCAAUUAUCUUCAAUGUAUGACGUUGGUCAGCUAGGCUGCUAACACGGCGGCAACGAUAUAUUUCACCAGUAGCUGAAGGAUGAGGGAAUGGAGCAAAGUGGAGUGUUAAACAAAUGAUAUUAUACCCCGACAGACAGAGCUUUCGCAUUCAAUCUCUUCUACCC